AUGCAACUGCACACAAGCUGUUCAUUUGUAAGAUGGUGGAAGUUUGGACUUCGUCGGCUCAAGAAAGUAAGAUCGUAAUUGAGACAUUCAAUCUGGCUCUCUCCAGGCUCAAAUACCAAUUGUGGCCCGUAAUUGUUGCUCACGUACAGAGGGACGGAGGCUCACCUGCACAAGAAGAUAUUAGGUUACAAAAAGGCUGGCAGAUUGCCCAUUUAUCCUGCCCCAUGUAACCACCUCGGGCGGCUACAUAACGCAAACAAACACCGACGACGAGACAACCUGUCAUUACGGCAUCCGAUACGAGAGGAGGAGGCUAGUUGCCUCUUUCAUUUUCUGCACCAAAAAAAGUCUGAAUCUGAAUUGGACACCAGGUGAAACAAAUGACAAAAAAAAUGGUUCAACUGAAAAAAAUUGAAGGCGAAAGUAAGCAGUAUUUUCUUUUUCUUCUCAAGUUGGGUUUGGUUUGAAUACAGUUUUCUAGCUUUCGCUAAUUGGAAGAAAAACAAUCUCAAGAGUUCAUCGCAACGAGUAGCUUUUUUUCUUGAGGACACAAACGGAGCUUUUAAAAAACUCAGUACCGUGUAUGGUCUUAAAUAAUUUCUCUAAUGGAUUUUGAUGAAUACGAAGAGCAAAAAAAGAGAUAUCUCCCUUUGAUAGCGAGAUAAUUUUUUUAGAAUUCUACUGCUUGUUCGUUUUACUAAUUCAAAGAACUUAAUUUCACGAAAAAGUUUCAUUUUCAGACUCCCAUGUAGAAUUUAUAAUUGUGCGUGUGUUAAACUGUGAAAAUUUCUAAUAUCAUCAUAACUAGUGAAACUCCAAUCUUUAGCGGGCAGGAAGAAGGAUUUAUGACUUCUUUGUAAUCUAUAUUUUUUCAGUUGUGGAAUAACAGUUUUUCAGAUCCCUAGCCAUUUCUCGCGAAUAUUCCUGCAGCUCCGCCUCCUUCAAGCAACUAGCCAAUCAGCGGCCCUGAAGCACCCGUCUGGCCACGCCUCUGCAGAAUAG